AGGCGCGAACAGGAAAAAGAAAAGAAAAUUACCAACAAGGCCAGCACAAAAAGUUAGUUAAAAUGAAGUUGAAAAGAAAAUUAUUAACCGGCAGGUGAAGCGUGAAAAAGGCGCCGGAAGUUUGAUCAAAAGGCACUGUCGGAGCGAUCGAUUUUGUGAGAGAGAUUACUGUGGCUCUCUCUCUCUCUCAGCUCUUGAUUAUGCUACCUGGACGUGACUCCAUUUCUUCUGAUUCUGAGUUGAUACCUCCAUUGGACAAACUCAUUUCUCUACAAAUUCCAUAAAUUUAUCAGCAAUCUCAUCCCAGCUAACAUCUUUCCCAAGUUUGGGGAUUAUCACCAAGAUUUUUCCAGUACUUUCUGAAGUGCAAGUCUCAAGCAUUUGCAAAAGCCUUCAUGUUGAAUCUAUCAGCAAAUAUCUAAUGGACUAAGUUCUUGUUCCUCUCUAUGAGCUCGUACCAAUUAUCACCAAUUUCCUUGAUUUUGAAGGAUUUGUCUCACACCAAAAAAAAAAGAAAACAGUGAUUGUUUGGACAAGCCCUAAUUAAGUUCCUCACUUCACGAACCAGUGAAAGAUCAGACACAUCAACAUCAGGUGAUUCAUAAAGCUAAGUAUUGGAGGACUUUUGGACAGCCAGCACGUGUGGCAUGGACAAAAGUGUAGGUAAGUCGCAAGUAACCAACUCAUCAGCUAGUACAUCUACACCGACACAUGAUGGUCAUGUGACUGCAAAUCCAAACAACCCCGCCGAAUUUGUAAAUCAUGGACUACACCUCUGGAACCAAAUCAGACUGCAGUGGAUAGGACACAAGAAGCCUGUCAACCAUCCACAACAGCUGCAUGAACCUAAACUAAAUUGGAAUGCUACGUAUGGUUGUUUGUUUGGGAGCAACAAGCCAUUGCCCAAUCCUAUCCCGCUUGCUGAAAUGGUAGAUUUCCUUAUUGAUUUUUGGGAGCUGGAAGGACUGUACGAUUGACAUGUUGUAAGCAAGGGAUUAUUUUAUUGAUGAAUGAUGAACGGUCAAGUAGUGACAGAUACUUAGAUAGGCUGAUGUUAAUUUGAUUUGCUUCGUGACUAGAAAAGUAGGAGGUUACUAAUGGAGUUUCUGUAAUGAAAUGUGAUCAACUUCAGGCAAAUUGAAACAUUUUGUUCUCGGACCAUUUUAACUUCAACUGAAUUUAAUGUGUAGCUUAAUUCUAAGGAACCAGAAAUGGUUUUAUCUUUGAACAUUCUCCAGCAGAGGGCUGGCUUCUACCUCUUCAA